GAUGAGUGAUCCAGAACCCUGCAGAAUUAAACAGGAAGAGACUGAAGAACUAAUAGAUGUGAAGGUGAAGGAGGAGAGCGAAGAACUGAGUGAAGAUGAGGAGAAACAUCAUGUCAAAACUGAAAUCGAAGCUCAGACAAAGACAGAAGAUAGUUUUGUAAUGGAAAGAACAGCUGUGAAAUGUUUCACCUGCACUGAGUGUGGAAAGAAUUUCAGCCACGCAUACAGUCUCGAGUGUCACAUGAGGAUCCACACUGGAGAGAAACCUUACAAGUGUUCAUAUUGCGAGAAGAGCUUCAAUUGGUCAGGAAACCUGAAUAUUCAUGAGAGGAUCCACACUGGAGAGAAAACACACAAAUGUGAUCAAUGCGGAAAGAGUUUCACGACACCGUCACAUUUUAAAGACCAUCAGAAGAUCCACACUGGUGUGAAAGAGUUUGAGUGUUUGACAUGCAAUAAGAAGUUUUUUACAUCCGGAGACUUGAAAAAGCACCAGAAGAUCCACACUGGAGAGAAACCGCAUGCGUGUUCACACUGCGACAAGAGAUUUACUACUUCAAGACAGCUGAAAAUACACGUGAGGAUUCACACUGGAGAGAAACCGCACAAAUGUACUCAUUGUGGCAGGAAUUUCACUCAAUUAUCACACCUUAAAGCUCACACAGGGACACACACUGGAGAGAAACUGUUCGUUUGUUCUCAGUGUGGGAAUAGUUUCACACGAUCAUCAGAUCUUAAAGAUCACAUGAGGAGCCACACUGGAGAGAAAACACACAAGUGUGAGCAGUGCGGGAAAACAUUUCUGAGGCCUUCAGCUCUAAAGAAACAUCUUGGAGUUCAUACAAAGGAGAAGCCUUAGGGUGCACUCACACUAUGCUAUCUGGGACGGGAGGGGGGGACAAGAGUGGACAAGUGUGAGUUCACCCUUAAGCCUGGUUUAUAAUUCUGCGUCAGGUGAUCGGCGUAACCCA